CGGCAGCGGCGGUAGUGGCGGCGGCGGUGGCGGCGUCUGGGCGGCAGCAGCAGCAACAGCGGCAGCCCUGAGGAGGGUGAGACGGCCGCCGUGGCGGCAGCUCGGAAGUCGGGCGGGACGGAGAGCUUGCCGCCUGCCGCUGGCGCUGAGGCUUUUUUUUUUUUUUUUUUUUUUUUUUGCCUUUUCUUAGCUAGCUUCUUCCUCACGGCCCUGGCUAGGGCUGGGCAGCGCGCCCCCGGGGAGGGGCGGAGCUGUAGAUAUGGUGUAAGGUAUUUCUUCAAGACUGGACAGCCGAAGACGUGUUACUUCUGAUUAGCCUUAAGCAGACUUAGAGCCAUCAAAAACCUCACAGAAUUUCAUAUUUUGCUUUCUGCUUUAUACCUUUCUUGGCACCGAAGUUCAUCUUGCAACCAUGUAUGGAAGUGCUCGCUCAGUUGGGAAGGUGGAACCGAGCAACCAGAGCCCUGGGCGUUCACCUAGGCUUCCACGUUCCCCUCGCUUGGGUCAUCGUCGAACCAAUAGUACAGGAGGGAGUUCUGGAAGCAGUGUUGGAGGUGGCAGUGGGAAAACCCUUUCAAUGGAGAAUAUCCAGUCCUUAAAUGCUGCCUAUGCCACAUCUGGCCCUAUGUACCUAAGUGACCAUGAAAAUGUGGGUUCAGAAACACCUAAAAGCACCAUGACACUUGGCCGUUCUGGGGGACGUCUGCCGUAUGGUGUCAGGAUGACUGCUAUGGGCAGUAGCCCCAAUAUAGCUAGCAGUGGGGUUGCUAGUGACACCAUAGCAUUUGGAGAGCAUCACCUCCCUCCUGUGAGUAUGGCAUCCACUGUUCCUCAUUCUCUUCGUCAGGCAAGAGAUAAUACAAUCAUGGAUCUGCAGACGCAGCUGAAAGAAGUAUUAAGAGAAAAUGAUCUCUUGCGGAAGGAUGUGGAAGUAAAGGAGAGCAAAUUAAGUUCUUCAAUGAAUAGCAUCAAGACUUUCUGGAGCCCAGAGCUGAAGAAAGAACGAGCCCUGAGAAAAGAUGAAGCUUCCAAAAUCACUAUUUGGAAGGAACAGUAUAGGGUUGUGCAGGAGGAAAACCAGCACAUGCAAAUGACAAUCCAGGCUCUUCAGGAUGAAUUGCGGAUCCAGAGGGACCUGAACCAGCUGUUUCAGCAAGACAGUAGUGGUAGGACUGGUGAACCCUGUGUGGCAGAGCUGACUGAGGAGAACUUCCAGAGGCUACAUGCUGAGCAUGAGCGGCAGGCCAAAGAGCUGUUCCUUCUUCGAAAGACUUUGGAGGAAAUGGAGCUGCGUAUUGAGACUCAGAAGCAAACCCUAAAUGCUCGGGAUGAAUCCAUCAAGAAACUUCUGGAGAUGUUGCAGAGCAAAGGACUUUCUGCUAAGGCUACUGAAGAAGACCAUGAGAGAACAAGACGACUGGCAGAGGCAGAGAUGCACGUCCACCACCUAGAAAGCCUUUUGGAGCAGAAGGAAAAAGAGAACAGUAUGUUAAGAGAGGAGAUGCAUCGGAGAUUUGAGAAUGCUCCUGAUUCUGCCAAAACAAAAGCCCUGCAAACUGUUAUUGAAAUGAAGGAUUCAAAAAUUUCCUCUAUGGAGCGUGGGCUCCGAGACUUGGAAGAGGAAAUUCAGAUGCUGAAAUCAAAUGGGGCCUUGAGUACUGAAGAACGGGAGGAAGAAAUGAAACAAAUGGAGGUCUAUCGGAGCCAUUCUAAAUUUAUGAAAAAUAAGGUAGAGCAACUGAAGGAGGAACUAAGUUCGAAAGAGGCUCAAGGGGAGGAGCUGAAAAAGAGAGCGGCUGGUCUUCAGGCUGAGGUCUUUGCCAUUGGUCAGGUGAAGCAGGAGCUAUCCAGAAAGGACACAGAACUACUGGCCUUACAGACAAAGCUAGAAACACUCACAAACCAGUUCUCAGACAGUAAGCAACACAUUGAAGUGCUGAAGGAGUCCUUGACUGCUAAAGAACAGCGGGCUGCCAUCCUGCAGACCGAGGUGGAUGCUCUCCGAUUGCGUUUGGAAGAGAAGGAAACUAUGUUGAAUAAGAAGACAAAACAAAUUCAGGAUAUGGCUGAGGAGAAGGGGACACAAGCAGGAGAGAUACAUGACCUCAAGGACAUGCUGGAUGUGAAAGAGAGGAAGGUUAAUGUUCUUCAGAAGAAGAUUGAAAAUCUUCAAGAGCAACUUAGAGAUAAGGAAAAGCAAAUGAGCAGCUUGAAAGAACGGGUCAAAUCCUUGCAGGCUGACACUACCAACACCGACACUGCCUUGACAACUUUGGAGGAGGCCCUUGCAGAGAAAGAGCGGACAAUUGAACGCUUAAAGGAGCAGCGGGACAGAGAUGAACGAGAGAAGCAAGAGGAAAUUGAUAACUACAAAAAAGAUCUUAAAGACUUGAAAGAAAAAGUCAGCUUAUUGCAAGGCGACCUCUCAGAAAAAGAGGCUUCACUCUUGGAUCUGAAAGAGCAUGCUUCUUCGCUGGCUUCCUCAGGACUGAAAAAGGACUCACGGCUUAAGACACUGGAGAUUGCUUUGGAACAGAAGAAGGAGGAGUGUCUGAAAAUGGAAUCACAAUUGAAAAAGGCACAUGAGGCAACACUGGAAGCCAGAGCCAGUCCAGAGAUGAGUGACCGAAUACAGCAGUUGGAGAGAGAGAUUGCCAGGUAUAAAGAUGAAUCUAGCAAGGCCCAGGCAGAAGUUGACCGCCUCUUGGAAAUCUUGAAGGAAGUGGAAAAUGAGAAGAAUGACAAAGAUAAGAAGAUUGCAGAGUUGGAAAGGCAAGUGAAAGACCAGAAUAAGAAGGUUGCAAAUCUGAAGCACAAGGAACAGGUGGAAAAGAAGAAGAGCGCACAGAUGCUUGAGGAGGCUCGACGAAGGGAGGACAAUCUCAAUGACAGUUCCCAGCAACUACAGGACAGUCUCCGUAAGAAGGAUGACAGGAUUGAAGAGCUGGAAGAAGCACUAAGAGAAAGUGUACAGAUAACUGCAGAGCGAGAAAUGGUGCUGGCACAAGAGGAGUCAGCCAGGACCAGUGCUGAAAAACAGGUGGAGGAAUUACUGAUGGCCAUGGAGAAGGUGAAGCAGGAACUGGAGUCCAUGAAAGCCAAGCUGUCCUCUACUCAACAGUCUCUGGCAGAAAAGGAAACUCAUUUGACCAAUCUUCGUGCAGAAAGAAGGAAACACUUAGAGGAAGUUCUGGAGAUGAAGCAAGAAGCUCUUCUGGCUGCCAUUAGUGAAAAAGAUGCCAACAUAGCCCUUUUGGAGCUUUCAUCCUCUAAGAAAAAGACCCAAGAGGAAGUGGCUGCACUGAAGCGGGAGAAGGAUCGUCUGGUGCAGCAGCUCAAGCAGCAGACACAAAAUCGAAUGAAGCUAAUGGCCGACAACUAUGAGGAUGACCACUUCAAAUCAUCCCAUUCCAAUCAAACCAAUCAUAAACCCUCCCCAGACCAGAUCAUCCAGCCCCUCUUAGAACUUGACCAAAAUAGAAGCAAAUUAAAGUUGUAUAUUGGACACCUGACAGCCCUCUGCCAUGACCGAGACCCCCUGAUCCUUCGUGGACUCACUCCACCAGCUUCCUAUAAUUUGGACGAUGACCAGGCAGCUUGGGAGAAUGAGCUGCAGAAGAUGACCCAGGAACAGCUUCAGAAUGAGCUAGAGAAAGGUGAACGGGACAAUGCAGAGCUUCAGGAAUUCGCCAAUACCAUUCUCCAGCAGAUAGCAGAUCACUGCCCCGACAUCCUGGAACAGGUGGUCAACGCGUUGGAAGAGUCAUCCUGACCCUGCUUCAUGGGGAGCAGCCAGCCCGGCAGCGCUGCUAGAGUAAACCCGGGAGCCGAGAAAGAGGAGCUGUAAGGAACGGGCACCCAGAUGCUUCCUGGCACCCAACAAACACUACAAACUCUGUCCUAUCUUGGUUGGUCCUUCGAGUGUGAUUCCACCAGCCUCUCUACAGCUGGCAUCUGACCUCUGCCUUUCUACCUUGGGUAUUGUCUCUAUACUGAUCCUCCUGAUAUCCAGGGUGGGUAAGUGGCCAGGUUUCCAUGAAGAACUGCCAUCCCGUCAUCAGCAGUGGAGAACUCUGGAAGCUGGUGGUUCUGCCCUUACAGAGGGACAUGGAGUGGAGAGCCCUUUUUCCUUCUGUCCUUGACAUGAGAACUAAACAGGAAUCUCCUUGGAGUUCAACAUAUUGAAAGAAACUUCCCAGUGGACUAGAGAGCUGAGUGUUCUAAUAUCACAACAGGUGCUUUCUCCUAAAAUGGUUAAAAAAAAAAAAUUUGGAAAAGAGAGAACAGGGACAAAGAGAAACUGACUCUUCUCUUCUACUUUCUUUCACAUAUAAUGUUUUAUGCAGGGGAGCUGCGAGCGGGCCUCAUGAUGGCUUCGUGAACACUAAUACCCCAAGUUGGGAGUCUCUACCCAGCCCUGUCUGUCUCACUCAUGCUUGCUCUUCUCAACCAGUUAACAAGAGGAUGGUGCAGACAGUUCUCCCCCGGGUCCCUCUGGCUUUAGACCUUUGACCUUAUUAUACUUCGGUUGUCAGAUCACAUAUCUGGAUCUGAAAGAGAAGGGUUUGACGUAAGGGCCUGCCUUCACCACCUACAACUCUGCUUCUGUGGAAGAUGAUGGCUCCCUGGGCCCGGGCUGGUUUCUCCUAAACAUCUUUCAUUGGCAUUCUAGACCCCUGAGCCCCAAAAGAAUGUUUCUGCCAUCCCACCACCCAUGUUUCACGCUCUCGCAGCCCAGUAUUUGCUGAAGUUCAUGACCCACCUUCCUCCCUUUUACCUUUACGUAACCUUGAUGUGCACGCCCAGAACCGUAGCCUUGAGCAUUGUCUGGAAUCUCCUUCUGGCACAAAUGAAUGUUUCUCAUCCCUCACACAUUCCUUCCUCUACUCUUUCAUUCAGAGAAUAUUUAUGAAAUGCCUACUGUGUGCAAGUCACUGCUGCAUCCAUCCUUGACAAAAGUCUCUCUUCAGUGAGGGAGAAAUGUGAAGGACUCUAUGAGACAUAACUGCUUGAGUCAGAGCGCUCAAAGGCAUACGCUCCCCGCUCCUUCUGUCUUAGUAGAGGUUAUCUUUUCCAGAAGAAUCUUUGACAAAUGAGCCUUUCUCAUUUCUCAUUAUAAUGGAAUGAGUGAGUUUGGGAGGUAGGGGGCUGAGUCAUUUACUUGUCUUCAGGAUCUUAUUGGGUGGGUGGUUCAGGAUUGUUGUUGCUGUUACCCCACAAGAGUAUAGCGUUUAGGGGGGCUACAGUGGAUAGUGUUAUCUUAACACAUCCACGCACACCACGUGGCACUUGGCCAGCUCCGUGUCACAGAUCAGAAAAUGGACCCCAAAGUUGCAAAUCUGGUUGAAGGUAUUGGCAUUUUGAAGGGCUUUCUUCCCAAGCCCAGACAAUGGCAGUCAUAAAUAAUCAGGCAGCAAGAAAGAGCCCACUUAACCCCAGUCUAGCCCUUUGACCACCUCUCCUGCCAGACUCCCACCAGACACUCACAUCUUCUGAUAAGAGUUGCUGAGCUAAAUGUUUUUGUCUUGCAUUUCCCUCUUUCCCCCUCCCCAGUUACCUCACCCCAAGAAUCCGAUGCUGCCUGGAAAGUCACCACGGCUGUCAGUCCAGGAUCUUCCCACCAGCAGCCCUUGACUGUCCCAUUAACUUAUAUGGUCAUAUCUCCAGCUACCCUGAUUCCCUGCUGUCAGACAGGCUCCCUGUGAGACAGUAGAAUGUUUCCUAUCAAAGGUUUAAAUGGACUGUGCUCAAAACCUUCUUACUGCGAUGCUUCCUGAUAGCCCAGCUGGCCAGAAGCGGGCAAGGUGGGAAAUGGAGGGGUUAGAUGGUUAGUGGUGGUCGUUUGUGGUCAGUCACCACAAUUCCAUGCACUGCCUGUAAAUCCUGUAGAAGGUCCCCUGUAUUUUAGGCCUGGAGUAUUAGAAUCUCACUUUAUCUACCAUAACACAGAGAACGGAGGGAUGAGGACACCCUUGGUAGGACUCCUGCAGAGCAGAGCAGGCAGGAGCAGAGGCCAUGCCCAGAGAGGUGGCCCCAGCCCCAGCUGCUGUUCUCUAGACCUGCGAAGCAAGCAGGUCUCCCUGGGUCUUACUCAUUCUGUUUCUGCUCUCAAAUACAGGACCUGCCACACUUGUCCACUGUGUGGGUGACUCUCACUGUACCUCCUUUCUUCCCCUUUUGUUUUCAACCCUUCCUCUUGCUUCCCUUAGAAGUCCUCUGGACAAGUGCUUCUGAGAAGAAAAAUUUCUGGGCAACCAUCAUCCAUCUGGUUUCUGUGAAUCUCCUUGAUUCCUCCUGGGUGGCCAUCAAAAGCCUCAAAUGGUUCUGGGGACUUCUGGGUUCUAGAUGAAAGUAGGUUCUGGCUAAAAUUUAAUAGCAAACAUGACCAGAUUUUAUAUUACAAGGGCAAAAUUACUACAGUGUCUAGCACUUAAGAGUAUCUUAUUGAGUUGAGAUCAUUCAUCAGGCCACCUUUUCCUAAUUGCGUAGUGCCCGUCACACAAAGACUUAUCAAUACAUGGCACUUUUCUAGUGUUCAUGGUUUCACAAGGUCACUCAGCUGCUGAGGAAGGUCUGUAGUCUGAACACUCACUGCAGGUCGCCUGUUAUAUUCACCAAAUUUGUCCACUCUAUUGGCAAGUCUAGUUGCCCCUUAGCACCUGAAGAUCUGCACCCCAAAUCAAGGUUAUUGUAAAAAGGGACAGGAAGAAGAGUGGGUGGAAUUGAACAUGGGGCUCUUGACUGAAAAAUACAAUGUGAUUUUUCUCAUCUUUUCAUAUACCUCUAUCCCAGGUACUCACUGAGUUCUUGAUGAAGUAUCUGAAUUGAGAUUUACAAAGACUUGGAUACCAUUUGAAAUGGAAAAGAUUUUAAGUGGGCUUUAAUAUAUUAAGAAAUAUGAAUGGGAAUCCCCACAUCCAUCUCAGCUCUAACCUGUAACCUGGUACCUUAUAGUCUAACAAAGAGCUAAGUGCUUCUCUCUCUUCCUUACACUUGAUCUUUAGAAAUACUAGUAAAGCAGAUGGGACCCAAGACUGUCUUCAGGGUCGAUAGUGGCAGUGUGACUUAGUACCUUUUGUCAAUAAAAGUCUGUUUGAUUUUCCACGAGGAGCUCGUUGGCUCACCCACUCCUCAGAGAAGAAGAGGAAGUCAUCAUCAAGCUUUAGUCAUCUGCUGAGCUAAUCCCUCCCCAUGAUGUUCAGGAUUGGCAUUUGGAUUUGCUGCUAGAGAGUUCUGCUGAUCCCAGAACCAUCCUGCCCUCCCCUUUGACCCCAGUCAUGAAGCACAGGCCCCCUGGCUACCCUCAGGGGUUCUGAGGAAAGAGCACAUCAAGAACGUGGUGCCACAUUGAAUGUGACCUUCCCACCGCCCUUCCUGAGUCACAGUGGGCCGUGUCCAUAAUAUCAGUAACUCAUGUCUGCCUCCCCAGCCUCAUGUCCCACCCGCAACAGUGCAGAGCUGUGGGAAAGCAAAUGAGGACAGAGUAGAUGCAGCAGAGCCCACUGACCUUUGCCAAGCCUGCCAGGCCAACCCAUCCAUCACUGCCACUCCCUGGGCUUCUCAGGACAGCGACUUGAACUGGUCAAAGAAACAAUUUAAAAAGAACCUGGAGUUUUCCCCACGUGGACUAAAGGAAUGUCUGGGCAAGAAAACACACACACAUUACAGGGAAAUCCUUCUGAACAAAAUGGCUGUCUUUACUUACUCUUUUUAAGCAAAAACUGUUUCCAGACUUUUUAGUGUCAAAACUGUAACCAAGUGUCUCCUGAUUUUUUUCCCAAUGUGUUUGGCGAGUGCUGUGACCCUCUUGUAGGUGUUUCUCCUCCUGACUCUCUUGGGGGAAAGGUGGUUUUAGGGAUUGAUUUGCAGGGAGCGGAUUUUUGUCCCAUCCCGCCUUCUCUUUUGUUUCUCUGCUUGUCAAUAUUGUCUGUGUGGUUCAGAGCAUUGGGGCAGUUACAUUGUGUCCAUUGUUGAGAUUAUUAAGAUAUUAAAAAGUAGUUUGUAGAACUGAAAAGUUAAAGAGCUGUGUUUUAAGAAAUGCAAAACGAUAUCAUGUUAAUAAAGGAAUUCAAGCUAUGGGGCAGCCAAACUCCUCCCUGCUUCCUCCCAAGCUGGCUGAGGUGGCAGCUGGGCUAGUCCCUUGGAAAACGCCAGUGGCCACCCUCCAGGUUGGCGACUGCCUGAGUGAGAGAGCUACUGAGUAAGACUUGGAAUCCGGGGCUCAGAGAGUCCCACUGGUGCCAGGGUCUCCUUUACAUCCUCAGGACCUCUGGGUAGACGUUUCAAAGUUUGAGACCCCAUAACCACCCACUUGCUCCCAGCUCUGUGUGCCUAAUACUGUGUGGUAACCCGGGCUUGGCCCUGCAGCCGCGCAGCCGGCGGCAGCCCCGUGCAGGCCACAGACCCGCUCUCCCGCCCACUUGGUGCUAUGUCAGCCAGGGACCCAGCCAGCACGGGCCCAGCCUGGGCCAGCCUGGAGCCCACAAUCCAGGCUGACGAAUUAUACUCAGAUCUCAGUUCCUUCUGGCUUCAGGCCCCAGAGUCUUGCCCUUGAAGCUUUUAGACCCCACAUCUCCCAUGCCCAGGCUGUCUCCUUUGGCCCCAGAGAUGCCAUGGUCAGCCAAGAACGGGAUCCCUGUGAAGCCUGAGGUGAACUACCCCCUGGGCCAGCACAAGCGCUCCAAGCCUGGCCCUUCUCUCCACGCCACACCAGUAUUGCAUUCAUGCUCUGAUGCAGCCAGACCCACCUGAGCGCCACAACCCGCCAGCCUGCCCAUGCGGGAUUAGUCCACUGGCCCGGGGUCCUGCAGAGCACACCGGGCUGUCCAGGGUGGAGACCUGAUGUCUGCCUGGGAUCUGCCCCCCUCUGCCCCUGAAGACAAGUGCAGCACUUGAGUGAGAGGCACUGGGGGCCCUGGGCGCGGACCCCUUUUAGCUUGAGUUCCUUGUGACAGUAGCAGCCGCAAUGAUGGUGUCUGUGAUGCAAAUGCACCUGCUGCCUUCAACUGUGUGUGUGUGCAUGUGUGUGUGUGAGAGAGAGAGUGAGACGGCCGGAGUCGUGUUACUGACAGGAUAAUGACAUUACAAAGAAAUUGUGUUAUAGUCAACUUUGCCUUGAUAAUUAUUGUAAACACUUUGUCCAUUUUUUUUCUUUUUUAUUCACAAACUAAAUCCAUCGGGAAAUUAUAAAGUUAUUUAAAAAUCG